UGAAUGACUUACAACACAAACUCCAUUUAUGCGACUUUAGAAUUUUAACAUUGGCAAAAGCUUUUCUAUCAAGCAUAGUUUCUUAGUUCACUGUUUGAAUAACUAUGCCAUCACAAUUGUAAGAUCCACUAAAACUUGGUCUCAUGGCAGAUCAUGAUGCAGAAACUUCCUCCUCACGUUUCAUAUAUGAUGUUUUUCUGAGCUUUAGAGGCUUCACCCGAUACGGAUUCACUGAUCGCCUCUAUCAUGCUUUGUGUGAGAGAGGAAUCACCACCUUCAGAGAUGAUGAGAACCUCAGAGUUGGUGAUAGAAUCAGAGAUACUCUUCUUGAAGCCAUUGAAAGAUCCAGGAUGUCUAUUGCUGUGCUGUGUAAGGACUAUGCUUCUUCCACAUGGUGUUUGGAUGAACUAGUACAGAUCAUGAAGUGCUGGAAUAAUGGAAAACAUCAACCAGUUUUGCCAAUCUUUUAUCAAGUGGAACCAUCAGAUGUGAGGCGCCAGAGGAACCAAUAUGAAAAAGACAUGAUGAAGCAUGAAGACAGAUAUGGCAAAGACUCCCAUGAUAUAAAAGCAUGGAGGUCGGCUUUGCGUGAAGUGGCCGAUCUAAGUGGAGUGACUUGUACAGUGAAGAGCUAUGAAGGUGAGAUUAUCAAGAAAAUUGUUCAAGAGGUCUCGGAAAAGCUUCCUCCUGAACCACUAUACAUUAAGCAUCCAAUUGGCUUUGAUUCUCACUUUGAAGCGGUGGAAUCACUUUGGAAUAUUGAAUCUGACAAUACCAUUUGCCUGCUGGUCAUUUAUGGAGAUGGUAACAAGACCACAUUUGUUGGAGAGUUGUUUAACAAGUUCAGGCAUCAAUUUGAAGCUGCAAGUUUUCUUGACAAAGUAUCUGAAAAAUCAGCAAGAAGCGGCCUCGAAAAUCUCCAAAAGAUACUUGUGUAUGAGAUGGGUGGGCAUAAAAGACCUACGCGGGGAAGCACAUUAACAGGAUCUUCUGAUAUAAAACAAAGUCUCCGCGGUAAAAGAGUCCUUCUGGUUCUUGAUGAUGUUGCUACUACAGAACAGUUGCACUCAUUGGUAGGAAGAAGUGAUUGGUUUCAUCCUGGAAGCAGACUUGUUAUAACAACAAGAGAUGUCAGUUUCCUAAAUAAUCAAGUGUUAGAUGGAUUCAAGAUUGAGAAAUAUUGCAUUAAUGAAGGUGAAUUUGAAGGAAUGGAAGGUGCUAGAUCCAAUCAAAAGCAAGAUAAGGUCGUUGAGGAAGAUAUGGUGGGCUUUGUGAAUAUCUUUAAUUGUAUAAUUGAGCAGUUGAAGGAAAAUAAGUCAUAUCUUAACGUUAUCUCCGUGAUAGGCAUGGGAGGAUUGGGUAAGACUACCCUUGUUAAAAAUAUUUACAACAACAAUGAGGUGAAGAAGUUGUUCUCUUAUUGUGUGUGGGUUACUGUUUCUAAGGACUACAAAGCCAAGGAGCUUCUUCAAAGCCUUCUACAAGGUUUUGGGUUUUCCAUGUCUACUAAUGGUGAGGACUAUGAAAAGAGCAAGCUCCAAAAGUUCUUAGAGGAGAAGAAGUAUUUGAUAGUACUUGACGACAUAUGGGAGCCUGAAGUUUGGGAUGAAAUAGAAUGCUUAUUUCCGGAUAACAAAAAUGGUAGUGCAAUAGUGAUAACUAGCCGGAAUGAUGGCGUGGCAAACUAUACAAGAUCAAAGUCCUACUACCCUCCAUUGCUAGAUAAAGAUGAAAGUUGGAAAUUAUUCUGCAAAAAGGUGUUUAAGGAAAGGGAGUGUCCCUCUGUUUUAGAACAUAUGGGUAGAUUAAUGGUUGAAAAAUGUCGAGGUUUACCGCUUGCUAUUGUAACCUUAGCAGGAGUUGUUGCUAAGAAGAGGAGAGAAACAGUUGAGUGGAUAAGAAUCGUGCGCAACGUUCUUUGGUAUGUUGACAAAGAUGAUGGCAGAGUAAUAAAUGUGUUAAAGCUCAGUUAUGACAGUUUACCUCAAAGACUGAAGUCUUGUUUUCUUUUUUUGGGGGUGUAUCCCGAAGAUUAUAAAAUUAAUGUGAAACGAUUGAAACUAUUAUGGAUUGCUGAAGGAUUAAUACAACUGCCAGAAAUAGGAAUAUCAGAUGGUCCAGAAGUAGAAGAUAUUGCUGAAGAGUACUUGAAUGAGUUGGUGGAUCGUAGCUUGGUGAUGGUGGUAGAAAGAAGGAGUGAUGGCGGGGUCAAAAGCUGCUGGAUUCAUGACCUUCUCCUUGAUCUUUGCAUAUCAGAGAGUAGAGCUGAUAAACAAAUAGAGAUCUGCACGGAGAAGAACAUUAGUUCCUUGGGCAAUGCUAAAUCUUGUAGAUUGUCCCUUCGAAAAAAUUAUAUGGUUUCACUUAAGCAGUCCGAUCACUUCAGAAUCCAUUCUUUAAUCUGCAUCUGGGACGACAUCAACUUUGGAUGGAUACGUCUAUCAAGUUUCCCUUUAGCUCGCAUUGUGGACCUUGGAUAUGGUACUCUUCAUUCAUCAAUGGCCCGGGAUUUGGAGAUGUUUAUCUAUUUAAGAUACUUGAGACUAAGGAAGUGUUUCCACCAAUCAGACGAGGUUGUUCCAAUCUGCGCCCUUCCAAAUCUAGAAACUCUAAUUAUUGAAAAUAUUGCUCUCUAUGGUCAUAAAGAUGACUAUAGUAAUACUUAUACUCUCCCACAUGAAAUAUGGAGGCUCAAGAAACUGAGACAUCUUGAAGGGAGGCUAUGCAUGACGAGUAAGACGAUUCCAACGGACACCCCCGGAGAAGACUGUUUGCCGAAUCUCCAAACCCUCCAAGUUGUCACUCUUGAAGAAGGAUUGACAGUAUCCUCCAUUGUUAAUGGAAGAUUCCCCAAGCUUAGAAAAUUGGGUUUGCGGUGGAAUAUCAAAAGUAAAUAUACAGAGCAUCAAUUAUUACAAGGCUUGCAUCACCUGGAAAAUCUAGAAAAACUAAAACUGGUGGACUUUGAGGAAUUACCAUUAAAAGCCCGGGAAUUUCCUUCCAGUAUUGCCAAGAUAAACAUAAUGUUAUCAGAUGAGGAGCUUCAAUGGUUUGGGGAAUUCAACUACAGUUGCUUGAUUACUCUGGGAGACCUCAUCAGCCUCCGUGUUCUGAAAGUAACCAUGCAAGGGUUGGGCAGUGGCGACUCUCUUCGCCUUGCUGCUGGAAGCUUCCGAAAUCUUGAAGUGCUUCAUUUGGCAGAGAAGAAUUUCAAAGAAUGGAUAUUAGAGAAAGGUGCAAUGCCAUCUCUCCAGCAUCUGAUCAUCGAAUUCUGCAACUUGAAUGAGCUUCCAGAGCAACUGUGGUCCUUGACUAACUUGCAAGUUGUGCAUGUUGUUGCCCCAAAGCCAGCAUUGAGAAAUAGCCUCGAACAUGUUAAGCCCAAGAAUGGUUGUAAGCUCAUCAUAGAAACACUCGACCAGUAUCUUGGAAGCAUAACUAAGCGGAGCUAUCAAGUCCCACCAUCAAGCCCAGAAUCUCCCACAUCCAACUGAAGUGAAUAGGUAGAAGCUUUUCAAUCUUCUCAUAUUUUUAUUCAUUAUUUUCUCUCGAUGUCUCUGAAUUUAUAUUUCUCAGUAGAUAUAUCCAUGAACUAGGCAGAGCUAUCAAGUCUAAUCACAAGCAUAUGCCAGGUUUUAACUUCACAUUUCAAACAUAUAUGUGGAGAAUGGUCCUGCAAGACUAUUACAUUGUUUCCACCAACCAUCAAUGCAUUGAAGAAAAGGCAAUUAGCUAUGAUGUAAGCUUUUUGGAAUCAUUUAAACAGAGAAAUCAGUAUUGAAAGAACCGAAUCUAAUGUUAGAUCAGUCAAAGAUAAUGCAACAAAGUAAAUAUUGCACGGUGAUAAAACAUAAAGAAGCAAAUGUAAAACUUCAACUGCAUAUAUAGGGCUAUUAUAUAUAAUUCAAAUUCAAAAGACAUUGAAUUUAACAAGAGCAAACUCAAUUGCAUUUUCAAAUUUUUGAGUUUUCCCCAAUCAUAGUUGGAAGGGAAAUCAUACUUUAAAGUUUAAAGCAAAAGCAGAAUAGAACAAGAGUUUUGAGAAGCUUCUUUCCAGCACAACUUGCCAAUCCUACACUUCAUUUACAACAGAAUCAAGUGUCCAAGUUGUUCCCAUGUUAGCUCCUAAUUCCUCCCUUGUUUAACCUCUUUGUGAUUCUGACUGAGUGCAUAAAAGACCAACCAGUAAGACUCACCGGAUUAGACAUGAAAAAAGAAAUAAUCUUAACCUUAAAGAACCUCAAUUGGAGACGUGAUAAUAAGAAGCUAGACACGGUUUAAUGGACUUCAAGGUCACCAUCAGUGGUCAAAACUCACCUUUAGUUGCAACUUAAUAAUCCAUCAAGCUCAUUUUGUUUCAAUCAAUCAUAACACAAGCACAAAUAACAGCAACAAAAUGACCCAAAGCACACAUUACAUACCCUUUUUCCUCUUCUUCUUCUUGAUGUUGCUAGGGACUGCCAUGAGACAGUCCACAUGUACAACGGACCUUAUGUGGUUGGAAGGCUCACCAUAAAGAUAUUGAACAUGUUUGAGCAGCUCUCCUCUGACAUUAUAUAUAUAGAACCCUACUUCACCAUCUGAAGGAUAACAUCUUCCAAUAAUAUCCCCAUUAGCAGAUAAGCACAGAGGCUUAAAGAGUUCAAGAGGAAUCUCAUACACAGUCCAAGACGACUCCACUUUAUAUUCUUUCAUCACCCAUAUCUCAGUUGUAUUCUCUCCUGCUGUAUUCUCUCCAUACAAAUAGAAGGCUAGGCAUCCUCCUAGCAGGACGAGAUGGGGUUUAAAUAGGUGUUGCCCGCAUAUCGUGGAGAAACUUCUUUCCUUCAGAUCAAAGAUAAGAAUGUCAAUACAGUACUCAUAAGUAGACCAAUGAAUAGCCCCGUUACAGAACAACCCCUUGGGUUUCCAAUUAUCCCAGUACGAUGAUUUGGGAAGUGCAGCAUCAAGACUAAUCCAUGAAUUGCUUCUCAAAUAACACAGAUCAAAAUGGUUUUCGCCGUCUUUACCCUUAUAGGCUACAACUACUACAUAAUCAUCUUGUGACGCAUCAUACCCAAAGCCAUAUAGAAGCGCAUCAUGGAGAAAGCAGAAGACCUUAACAAGACGAUCAUAAACUCUACCAUUUAUUACGGCAUUAACCAUAUGAGAGUAUGAGAUUCUUUUGCAGGAAUCAGUGAGUGGAUUCCAUAAGAUAAGAAACUGUGGUUCGCGGUGUAAGAGUACGAACCCUCUGCAGGAACCAAGAAGAUGAAAAUCAGAAGGUGGCUUCUUCAUGAAAGGGAGAGAGAGGGCUAUUGCAUCAACGCCAUCAUUAUCAUCUUGAAGCAGUGCGUCGAGGUCAACUGAGUAAGCGUGAGAAUUGUCUUGGAGGAAGAGGCAUGUAUGAGAGGGUGCGAGAGAGAGGUCAAGAUGGGAUUUUGCGAAAUUGGGAUCGGAAAUGAGAGUAUUCCAUAGCUUGGAAACGCACCUGACGCACGCAAGGUGUUUGAUGGGAACCCUCAGUAAUAUUGCUCGUAUCAGCUCCGGAGGAAGGAGAUCGUUGAAGCUCUUGAGCUUCUUCUUCUCCAUGCUGGACUGCUUCAUUACUAUUGGUCCAA